AUGCCUCCCUCCGCAGUGAAUUUCGACAUCCACCAGGGCCGCCAGGACUUCCAGCGCCUCGACCAAGACUGGCGCGCCAACAUCAACGAGUCGUUCAACCUCAUCGACACGCAAGACACAGGCUCCCUCUCCGCCCGCGAGUGGCCCAUCGCCCUCAACGCCCUCGGCCUCCAGCUGCCGCGCUCCGAGACGUACACGCUUCUCUGCGCCCACGGCUCGCCGCCCCAGGAUUUCGACCCCCACGCCUCUGCCUCUGGCGGCGGCAGCAGCAACGCCUGUCCGCCCGUGCGGCUUCGCAUCACGCGAGACACCUUUGAAGCCAUUGCCGCCUGGCUCAUCACGAGGCGGGACCCGGACGAGGAGGCCGAGGCCGGCGUGGCGGCUCUUCGACCCGCGCGACACGGGUCGCAUCACGUCGAGUCGCUGAGGACAGUCUGCGCCGAGGUCAACAAUAUGAUGACGGACCAGGAUCUGCGGAAGAUGAUUGACACGCUCGACAUCAGCGGCAAGGGGUGGGUGUCCAAGGACGAGUUUAUGGAGAUGGCGCGAGGGGCCACCAAGGACCGCUCGCACUAG